GCAUCACGGGUGAGUUUCUAACAACGUCAGAUCGCUGUUCUCCCGUCCUUCCGCCAUAUCGCCCAUGCCGCUACUUUCUACCAGCAUAUAGAGUCCCUCCGCUAGUGUCUUGCUUUUUCCCUCAGCCUGGUGGCAGGAGCUCCUUUCUCCUCCUUACUCUGUCAUCUCCGUCCGUUCCUUUUCUUCGUUCCCUGAUUUCCUUGCCACCUGUGCACCGGAUCCAUCUUGGGAUUGCUCUGCCUGUAAGGCGAGAUUGCGAGAAGAUGGGGCAGACAAGGAAGGAGGUCGUAUUGGCGCUGGACUCUAGGUUCACAAGCAUGAUGACGGACCAAAGAAGCUCGAGAACUCCAUGCUGCAUUGCUAUCUCAACCAAGAGGACUUGGUGGAGGAAGGAAAGGAGGAAGAGAAGAAGGAGAAACUGAGUAACAUGUUUGUCCUGAUUACCGUAAAAAACAGGUUUGUCCUGAUCAUUCAACUCCUCCUCCAUCUGUUUCUCAAAAAUCUUUACUAUGCCUGCCUAAGACGGUAGGAGAUUUGCCAAUGUAAGUUUCUGAUUGGCUCAAAGAUGCUGAAGUCCUUUUCCUAUUUCUGGAAGUCCUUGAGAAUCAUGUCUGGUCACUCAUCCUCUCGUAUAAAGCCUUACAUCAAGUGAAUCAGUUGUUGUAUUUGUCGGUGUUUUGGGUCCGACCGCACACCCGGGGUUGCCCCUCAAGGUGCUUUUAGGAGUAGGACGGUGUUGUCAACUGUAGUUCAAUGGUUCGUGCUAGUUGCACGAGAGACGGUGGACAAUGAUUUACAGGUUCGGGCCGCUUUGAAGUGCGUAACACCCUACGUCCUGGCGAGAAUGUUGUAUAUGGUGAGUUACAAGGUGAUUCUCUAAUGCGUAGGAAGCUGGGGUGGACGGCUAAGUGGUGAGUUCGAUUCUUUCUGGAGGGGUGCCCCCUAGGCCUUAUAUACUCGACCGUGGGGCAAUACAUGCAAAUAUGAUAAUCACGUGCACCUAAGAAAUAGUAGACCGAUUGAGUCUAUCUUCCUAUAGUUCCGCCGACCCAUCUUCGCUCGGUUCGUUGUACGGGCCUUCAGCGCGAGAAGAUCGGGUCUCUGUUGUGAUUACUCGCUCGAGAUCAUUGUGCCGUCUAAGCUUGUUCCGACCCAGCCUUAUGUCGAUCUGCUUCACUGGUCGUUCCUCCACAAGCCCACGAAGGGAUGACCUUACGACUUAUUGGACCCUUGGGCCUUUCGUGAGGUCUUUUAUCCUUCCAGUGGACCCAGGGGAUAUCUGUCCCCCACAAGCCCCCGAUCUUUGGGUUGAUUUUGAAAUAAUCGGCCCAGAGAUCCUAAGUCCAGCUUGCGGUCUUUGUUUGUAACAGGAAGUACUUUCUGGGUAAUCUAGUAACAACGAUUUCUUACUGUCUCCUUCUGCUUUUAUCACUUGAAAAUUGGUGUUCUGUCUUAGACUUUUGCUUCGGAGGUCAGCAUUUCGUACUGCGGGACUUCGAACUUCAUUGGGUGCACCAAAGGUGCACCCAAUGGGUGUAGCCCCCGAGCUUCGAGUGGAUUUUUUGAAAAUAAUCCACUCGAAGGUCUUCACUUUGAGUAUUAUCAGAAGUCACCUUCAUCUUCCACUUGUAUUUUGUCGGAGGUUAACCUUGCAUUGAUCUUACCCUAUGCUUUAGAGGUCAGCAUUGUCUUGAUCCGAGAUAAUGAUUCAAUGGGUGUAGCCCCCGAGCUUCGAGUGGAUUUUUGAAAAUAAUUCACUCGAAGAUCUUCAUUUUAUGCCUUUUUCCAGUGAUCUUCUUCCCUUUUUGCCGGAUGCCUUGGAGGUCAGCACUAUGUUAUUGAUAUUAUGCUUUAGAUAUCAGCGUAUAUUUUGUCUUUGAGGCCGAGUUUGUGAUCUGCUCAUAUCUUGCUAGGCGGUGCAAUUUAUUUGAUCUGUGACUGAUUGGACGUUCGACAGGUGACCCUUGGCUAGUCUUUGUUAUCACUUCUUGCUUCAAUGCUUCUGUCGAUUAGACUUGUACCUUGUUGGCUAUAUAGCUUUCCUUUGAUCCUUGUUGAUAUCUCACUUUUGUCUUGAAAUAUUCAUUGCACGUGCUGCACGGAUGUGACAGUUUUGAAAAAUAUACUGGUAUUUCCUGGGCGUCCCCCCAAUGGGUGUAGGCAAGGGACGGCUUGGUACAGAGUGUUUUAGCAAACUGUCUCUGAGUAGUAACUUGAUGUGACCGCGGGUGUAAUCAUAUCGCCCGCGCAGUUGACUGGAGUCCCAAUGGGUGUUGUGUUGCGUGAAACGGCGUCAGCCGCCUGGCGUGUCUUCAGACGGUUUGAAUUGCAUAUUCAAUUUUUGCGACUGUUCAGUCGCCAUGGUAGGAGGUGAGCGGUUGCCUCCUUCUUCUAUAAAUAGUGUUCUUGCUUCCCCGGCAUUUUCACAUCUCUUACUGCUCUCUGCUGCUUGCUCUCUUCUUCCUCCUUCCUUUCCACCAUGGGCAAGAGUAAGAAGGGUAGCAGUUCCUCGCCUCGCUCUGGUGAUAAGCGCAAACGUGAGCCGACUCCUCCCUCGGAGGACUUCGGCAACUCGGAGUACUCGGAGGAGGAGUUCUCCUCCGAGUCCGAGGGGUCUCCGGCCCCCGCCUCUCCCCCGGCGUCGUCUGAUGAUUCAGACGACUCCCAGGGGAUUGCCGCGGAGGCCUGGACCUACAUCCGGGCCGUCGAGCGCGCCGAGCUCGAGGGCUCGGAUGAGUCGGAGUACUCCUCAGACGAGGAGGACUCCUCGGACUCGUCCGAGGAGGGCAGCGGCGGCGAUGGCGGAGACAACGAUGACGACGGAGGCGACAGCGACGGCAGCGGCAAGGACAGUGACGGCAGCGGCGAGGGCGGCAACGGCGGCGGCAAGGGCAGCAGCAGGGGCAGCAACCAGGCCAGUGGCUAAAUGCCACUGGUUUUUAGAUAUUAGUAUAGAUUAGUAGUAGAAAUAGUAUUAGUGAAAUAACGUAGUAGUAGUAGUAUAGAAUAGUGUAAUGUAACGUAGUAGUAGUGGUAGGGAAGUAUCAACUCAUAACGAGUUGAUUUGUAAGUUCUGUAACUUCCCUUUCAUGAAGAAUGAUAUAGUCUCUCCCUGUGUUAA